AUGGGUGUUCAUGGACUUUGGGAGAUCGUUGGCCCAACUGCGCGUCCUGUGCGACUGGAGGCAAUGGCGAAAAAACGGCUAGCAGUUGAUGCCUCGAUUUGGAUCUAUCAGUUCCUCAAGGCUGUGAGAGAUGUGCAGGGCAAUCAACUGAUCAACUCCCAUAUAGUGGGAUUUUUCCGCCGAAUAUGUAAGCUUCUCUACUUUGGAAUCAAGCCCGUGUUUGUGUUUGAUGGCGGGGCGCCGCUUCUGAAGAAACAGACCAUCAGCAAGCGGCGAGAGAAAAGAGAGGGCAGCAAGGAGACCGCAGAGCAGGUUGCGCGCAGACUGCUGGCAAAACAGCUUCAGAAUCGGGCCGAGGGCAAGCCCGAUGUGCCCAAAAAGCCCAGUUCCAAGGCCAAGUCCAAGGAGGUGCCCAUUGACCAGCUGCAAUUUACUGAGUUCUACGAAGAUACUAACUAUUUUGACACCAGGGACAAAAAGCAAGAGCAGCAGAAACUUGAAAAACCGAGGCCCAAAAAAGAGAAAGAGAAUCGCAUCUUCCGCAGGCAAGACGAGUACGAUCUGCCACACAUUGAGAGCUUUAAAGUUGAGAAAAAUGAUCAACGGGUAAUCACCGACUAUGAGUACGACCGACUUACUUCUGAUUUGCAAGAUGAGCUUGGAGGCAUUGAUCUUGACACCAUCGACCCCAAAUCCGAGGAGUUUGCACGUCUUCCGCUUUCUACACAGUACAUAGUUCUUUCUCACUUGCGACUGCGUUCUCGUUUGAGAAUGGGCUACACAAAACAACAACUGGAGACGUUAUUCCCCAAUAGCAUGGAUUUCUCUAAAUUUCAAAUCCAGAUGGUGCAGAAGCGCAAUUUCCUCACUCAGAAACUGAUGAAUGUGGCGGGGAUGGACGAGAAGGAGGCCAAAUCGCGACGAAUCGCUAGCGACCGUGAUCGAAUUUACGAGCUCCAGAGGAACGAAAACGGAUAUACUCUGUCGAUCAAGGAUGACGGCCAUAGUGCUGAGAAGGCCAUCGAUCUGAACAGCGAAGGGGAGCAGGACGAAGAUGAAGAGGAGGAUGAGUGGGAAGAUGUUAUAGAGCCGGCCAAGUCGGUGCUUCCGACGGCGACUGCUGCAUCUGAGCCGAUGUUUGUUGGCGAAAUUGAGACCUCAGAAAAUAACGAGGACACCACAAUGGCGAUGAUCCAGUCGUUAUACGAAUACGCCAACAAUAACAAGAAGAAUUUACAGAAGGCUGCGGAACUGAGCGAGGAGGAGCAAUUACGACAGGCCGUUGAACGAUCAAAACAGGACUAUUAUAAUAUGAUGGAGCAGGAGCAGCAAAACGAUGCCCCUUUCGAUUAUGGUGCUGCUCCACCGUUGAUAUUGACCAAGGAAUCUCUCGGGUCAAACAUAGAUAAGGUGACUGAGUCAAAGCCUGUGUCUGUGCCGAAAUUCGAUUUCAAGAGCAGUAUACUGUCGGCAAGCAAAACGGAGGAGUCCCAGAGUGCAGACCCAGAGCCAAGUCCAGAGCAAAAGAAGCCCCAGAGACAGGUGGAGGAAACUCCACUAUGGUUUCAGACUCGAGUUUCGGAAAAUGUACAUCACGGAAGGGAAGAUCACAAAAUGACAGAAUUUGAGAAAACUGAGGACGAAAGAGCCGGAUUGUUCGAUUAUGCCGAUGUCGAACCGUACCUAGAGGAAAACGCGAGCGAAGAUUUUGAGGACGUUGAGGAGCACGAUGCUCCUGAGCCUGAGGUCAUCGAGCUGGACCCGGAGCCACAGCCGGAGCCAGAAGAGUCAAAUCAGGACCACGACAUGCCGGAGCCAGUGACUGUGAUUGAUAAGCCUGAGCAAAAGCACAGAUAUUCAGAAGACACCGAAGGCCAAAACCACACCAUAAUAGAGGACAUACCAACUCCGGGUGAUCAGCAGGCCAAUACUGAAACUCACCAGGACGUAAAUGAGCAGCAGCAAGUCCCAAAAAUGCCAGAACCCUUGGACUACGUUUUCUCGGACGAGGAGGAGAAGGAGCUCGAGCACAACCUUGAGAAUGAGGAAGCUGCCUACGAGAAGUUCGUGGAUGAAGUCGGCACCAAAAAGCCGUUGUCGUCCUCUAGUUUCUGGUCGAUGGAUGACGAAGUGCAACUCCAAGAGAGUAUGAAGAAGCAGAAACGAGACGCAGACGAGGUGACGGUUAAGAUGAUUCUGGAUAUCCAAGAUAUGCUCUCUCGGUUUGGCCUGCCGUACGUCACUGCGCCUAUGGAGGCAGAAGCUCAAUGCGCUGAGCUUCUUCGUCUCGGAUUGGUGGACGGCAUUAUCACGGACGAUUCAGACUGUUUCCUGUUUGGCGGUGACCGCGUGUACAAAAACAUGUUCAACGAGAAGAACUUUGUUGAAUGCUACCAAAUGGAGGACCUCGAGCGCGAUCUAGGGCUCGACAGAAAAAUGUUGAUUGACUUAGCUCUAUUAUUAGGAAGCGACUAUACGGAAGGUAUUAAGGGUGUUGGAAAAGUUGCAGCAAUGGAGAUUCUUGCCGAGUUCCGAACACUGGAGAAUUUCAAGCACUGGUGGCUCGAUUAUCAAAACGGUAUUAUUGAUGAGUCCAAAGAAACACCGGUCAAGCGCAAGUUGCGCAAGUCGUUGAAAAAGACCGAUCUAUAUCUGACUCGCGAGUUUCCGGACAAGCGGGUUGUUGAAGCAUAUUUGCAUCCGGAGGUCGACCAUGACAGGUCCGAGUUUCAAUGGGGCUAUCCCAACCUGGAUAAGCUGCGGACUUUCCUGAUGUACAAUGUUGGAUGGGGCAAGGAGAAAGUGGACACAAUCCUGCUGCCGAUCAUCCAGAACAUGAACAAGCCACAGACAAGCAUCGAGGAGUUCUUCCCUGUUGAGAUGAUUAGGCGCCGCCGUGACCUAGAAAUGGGGCAGCGAUUGAAAAAUGCCACAUCGAAAUUGAGAAAUCCUGAUAAGAAUUCUCCGGAGACUGAGGAGCCUCCGGCCAAACGACGUAGGCAGCAGAAGAAAAAUUAG